GUACGCAUCAGCUGCAGUCAAGACUCGCGAAUAACUGCGGCAAACGCGUGUCAAGUUGACGCUUCGGGGGCCUUACCGAAAGCAAAACUCGUUUUAUCCACCAACGUAAUGGCAAAAUUAACUGAUGUAACGCUGUCUGCUUUACUUUGAAAGUCCGCACUAAGGAAGUGGUUUCCUGGCAAUGCAGCUACCUGGACGGCGGACUGCGGUGAUAAACAUAAACACGCAGUCAGGCAGGCAAGCAAGCAGACCGCCUGAAUUCAGGCAGCCAACUGCGAGGUCAGUCAGUGGACCUUUUGGUCAACUCCAGCUGCCCGCCUCUCUUUUCACUGGCAUCGCUCACUCGCUGCCCGCAGCCUCUGACGCUUCAGAAGCGGGCACGCUUUUGACGUUUGGCCAAGCGUUCACGGAGAACCGCCGCGAGAGCGAGCGGGCGGCCGUCCUCGCGUGUCUCUUCUCCCCGACUCCUCUCACCUCUCCUCGGGGGGCGACGGAGGCGACAUGACUGAGCUCCGGCGGCGAGGGGGCGGCGGGGAAGACCCGGACAGCACCGACAACAUGAGCGAUAAGGAGGGCGAGGAGGACAGGUCAUUGGGCCUGCAGGGCGACAUGGAGGGUGAGUGCGACGUGGACACCAAAGCGGACGCUGCCGACGUCCCAGCAUCCACGGCAGACACUGAUAACACACCACAGUGUCUCAACAAGGCUCUGGAAGGACUGCACCCAAGAUGGAAAAACUACUGGAUUCGAGGCGUUUUGUCUCUCGCCAUGAUUUCGGGUUUCUUCCUCAUCAUCUACCUGGGACCAAUCGCUCUCAUUUUAAUUGUCAUGACAGUGCAAAUCAAGUGUUUCCAGGAAAUCAUCACAAUCGGCUACAAGGUCUAUCGCUCUUAUGACCUGCCCUGGUUCAGGACGCUCAGCUGGUAUUUCUUGGUGUGCGUCAACUAUUUUUUCUACGGUGAGACCCUGGCCGACUAUUUUGGGGCUCUGGUGCGGAGAGAGGAGCCUUUGCAGUUCCUGUCUCGCUACCACAGAUUCAUCUCGUUCGCCUUGUACCUGGCAGGUUUCUGCAUGUUUGUGCUGAGUUUAGUGAAGAAACAUUACCGCCUGCAGUUUUACAUGUUUGCGUGGACCCAUGUGACGCUGUUGAUUGUGGUGACUCAGUCACACCUUGUCAUACAGAACCUGUUUGAAGGAAUGAUCUGGUUCAUUGUGCCCAUCUCCAUUGUGAUCUGCAAUGACAUUGGCGCCUACCUGUUCGGGUUUUUCUUUGGACGCACUCCACUCAUCAAGCUUUCGCCCAAGAAGACGUGGGAGGGAUUCAUAGGAGGCUACUUCUUCACUGUCGUCUUUGGAUUCAUUUUGUCGUCGCUGCUGUCCCAGUUCCAGUACUUCGUGUGUCCGGUGGGCCUGAGUAGCGAAAGCGGCACCUUGUUCACAGUUGAAUGCGAGCCAUCGGACUUGUUUGUGCUGCACCAGUACAAACUGCCCACGCUUGUACGCAACUUGCUGCCUUGGGAAACAAUGACGUUGUACCCAUUCCAGAUCCACAGCAUCUUUCUGUCAUCCUUUGCAUCGCUCAUCGGCCCUUUCGGGGGCUUCUUCGCAAGCGGCUUUAAGCGAGCCUUUAAGAUUAAAGAUUUUGCCAGCACCAUCCCGGGUCACGGAGGCAUCAUGGACCGCUUCGACUGUCAGUACCUGAUGGCCACUUUCACCCACGUCUACAUCGCCAGCUUCAUCAGGGGCCCCAACCCGAGCAAAGUCCUGCAGCAGCUUCUGAUGCUGCAGCCUGAGCAGCAGCUGAGUAUUUUCAACACGCUCACCACACACUUGAAGGACAGAGGGAUGCUGCCCCCCACAGAGUGACUGGGAGGUGGUGACAGGCGAGUGUGUGAUUGUACAACUAUGUACCCAACAACAACACACGAGUGUGUCAAACUGAUGACUCUUCAUUCGACUUGAAACCAGUGCAAGCUAAAAACAAAACAAAAAACAAAAAAAUGACAUCACAAAUACUGAAAACGCCACCAAAAAAAAAAGUCUUCCACCGGUUCUGGAGCCUUGCAUCCAGCUGCCAUCUUUGACCAGGAAGUGGUCGAAGUCUACAUUGCACUGACCCAGCAAUGAAUUAAGAUGUCGGUUAGCGGACUAGCACAUGCGCUAACCAGCGACAGGCCACUUUAGCCCACACACUCAGCCACCAAAGUAGACCAUACACUUGUUACAUGCUAAUGUACAUAAAAAAAUUAGCUCAUAUAUAGUUACCUAUUAAACUAAAAAACCAAUGUAACUUAUCAAUUUAAUGUAGCUAAAUAGCAUGAACACAUUUAGUACAUUUGAACGUUCAGAAGGUGAAAAAAAGUUUUAUAUUUGAGGAGUGAGACGAGAACAUCAAAUUACAUCAAGGUAACAAAACUUUAGAUGUUAUAUUAACUGGAAUGUUCUGCACAGAGUUGGAAAAAUGCUAGCAAUUAGUAGAGAUAGUAAGAGACUGUAAAUUCAUAGCUAUAUUUUUUAGUUUUAUGACUAUGAGUAGUUGGAUAGGAGCAUAAAAAGCCGCCAAUACUUUAGAAGCAAUACAAGUUUCUUAUGCUGAGGAAGUUAAGUUUGUUGGCCGUUUUAGUUUGACCACAUAGCACUAGCUCUUUCAACUAACAACAUUGGAGCAUGUGUGUGGCUGGAAAAACGCUAAACUCUCUCUUUAGCAUUUACUACUGAAGUUGAAGAAGCACUAAAAUGUUCAUAUCGCUAAUGACGCUAGCCGCACUGAGUGGCCAAAAAAUGCUAGCGACUAGCACAGAUGCGAAAAGGAGAUACAGCAAUUCAAAUGAUACGAUUUCUAAAAAUUAAAAACACUCAGUCGUGUUAGCAGUUUAGCUUCAUUAGCCGCUUUAUAGUUUGCUGAUGAACAAAUUAAUACUAGAACUUGUAGCACUGCUUUUAAGUUUGUCAUGCUAUAGAAGUUAGCAUUUUCUUGAUGGCAACUUUGUCUCGUUUAAUAACCAAAAGAAAGCACUAAUUCUUUCAGCUACAUUUGAGCAUGUGUGGCACAAGGCUCGUCUGGCUACUGUGAAACUGCUAACCCGUUAGCAUUGUACUACUGAAGACUAAGAACUAAAUGUUCUUCCCCACUGUUGAUGCUAGCCGCACUGAGCGCCACUUUUUCUCAAGGCUUUUAUUUCAUGACAUCAGAUAGAUGAUGUUUUUGAAUGUAGUUUGCCAUGAAGACUAUACUGUAUUUAAUGCAAAACUUGUGCAGUUAAUAUUUUAUGCAAAUUUUGUCCAAAUAUCGAUGCGAUGUUUAGGACAGAGAAAAGGUUUACCAAAGCGCUUUUUUGUUUGUUUGUUUUUCUGUUUUGUUUUGUUUUUGUUUUGAGGUUUUUUGACUAUCUGAUGUUUUCUUCCGGAUGGACUUCCGAGUUUUUUUCCUCCAGGCCAUUUAUUUUUUUAAGUUCUACUGGGACCAGAUGAGGGCGUUUCAUUUUGAAAGGACCCCAUUUGAUUUUGAAUAGUUGAAUAUCAAUGCAGGCUUUGCAGACCCAAAUUUGAAAGUCAAAACGAUUCAAGGUGUGGCAAUUAAGACACAAGAUUCCCAGCACAAAGCCGAUUGGGUGACACAUUUCGAUGCUGUUUUGUUCACUUAUCUUGCUGUUUGCUUUAUUUUGCUUUAUUUUCAACAAACAAAAAUGUCAGAUCGGCUAACGGAUAGCUUCAGUGUAGCCAUGUUGACCAUUGAAAUAAUGAAAAUUUGUACACAAAGGGGGGUGCAACAUAUGAAGACAGGUAAUAUAAAAAUACUCAGGCAUCUAUUCUUUAUCCUUUGCCAAGAAUGAGUAUUACUGCAGUUUACCAAUGUGUUGUGACAUUCUUUUUCACCCUUUUACUGAAUAUCCUUAUCUAUGGAUGGAUGAAUUGUAGUAUCCCCCCAGGUGGCAAUGGCCUGAAGGAGCAGCACAAUAUACAUUAAAUUGAAGCAAAUAACUUGGGAAAAAUAAUUUACAUUCUGUUUUAUUCUCUAAUUGCUGUUUUUAAAUUACAUUAUUUCAUGCUGCUUUUGUUACAAGUGUGAAAGAAGCACAGUGAUACAUCAUCAUAGACAUAUAGUGGAAAUGUCACGAUGUCGCAGAACACUGUGACAUAAGCAUUCAAUUCUUGUUUCUUUGUUGUGAGAAUUUACACAUAAAUUUGAAAAAUGUCUGACAAUCGGCUCCCCAAUUUAUUUUUACUGAAAAAAAAAAAAAAAAAAGGUUCCAGUAAUAUGCGUUUCAAUUGUUCCCUUGACAGACUUGCACAUUACAAAUUGAUUGUGAUUGGGCAUAACAUCCUGAAAUAUGACAGUUAACUCUUUUUUAAUUAUUUUUAUUAUUUUAGAAACAAAAUGGACAUUCAGCGGUGGUGUUGAUUUUUUUUAAAACAUUUUUAUUUAUCAUUCUGUGAAUAUUUAAUUUCAUGAGGUUUGUAAUGGUGAUGAUGAAGGGUUUGAGAUGAACGUGGGGUAAAUAAAGUCAUUUAAAAAAAUGUGUGGCAUUUAAAAUAAUUCAUACAACAUGAAGAGAAAAUACAGAUAUGAAAUGUAGACAUGUUGGGAAAUGACAAAUUACAUUAAAAAAAAGGUUUUUCAAACUUAAGCAACACAAUCAUUGUGAAGAACAUUCCAGAUGCCUAAGCACAAAUCUUUCAAGUUUACGCUGCAAUUGUCUACUCAAUCCUAAUAAUAAUAUUUUAAAAAGUUAUAUUCAAGGUGCUUUCUUUGACGCAAAGUCAUCUGUGGUCUAAAUUGAACAACAGAAAAAGUGCAAUUUGAAAUUAUUAUGGCUUAGUGACAUUUUUAUGACUUCAUUAAUCAUUCAUCAUUCCAUCCAUCCACGAUCUGAGCCAGUUAUCCUCACAAGGGUCGCGGGAGUGCUGGAGCUUAUCCCUUAUUUUCGGGCAGGUGGCAGGAUACAAUUAUUCUUCACCAAUCUGGACAAAAUUUAGUAGAUGUAUCCGUCGUGACAAGGUACACGAAAAAGUCUCAAAGACACACGUCCGUAUUUGAAAAGGAAGUAAGCCAUUUUUUAGUUGAAGCAGCUAAUAUUUGGCGAGUUCUAAGGCUAGAUAGUACUUUGUUCAAAGCUUCUCCAGCCUAGAAACCAAUUUCACUGACAGACAUGAAAUUGAGUAACCUCGCUAUAAUACAUAUUUAUUUAUUUUUCAGAAACAAGAUUUCAAUGAAUUUUUUUUUUGCAAACUUUAUAAAAAUUUUGAUGAGGGGGGUUGUCUUCCGCCUCCAUGAACCACUGCCGUGACUUUUUUUUUCUGGUUACAACAUUAAAAUGUAUUUAAUGUAACUUCGCCUUAAAAUAAGAUGGUGAUGUGUGAGUCGUUAUUAAGAAGCGUGUCAUGUUCUGUCCAACUUGGUUAGUGACAGAAAAUAACCUUUGAACUGAUUUAUCUUGGUCAAGUUACAGACCAAACCAUCAACUGAAUCACAAUCUAUGUGCAUUUUCUGCAGUCAGUCUGAAAUGUUUUAAGCUUAAAAAAAAGUUUAAUCACAUGUAUCAAAAUAUUUACAGACAGUAACAAUGAGUUGUUGCAGCAUUAGUGUUUUAUGUCUUUUUCCGACAUUUGUUGUUAUCAUGACUUGUCAAAACUGAUUUUCUUUGUCUUCGUGAUUGCCAAAAUGUUUUUAAUGUAGGCACUGCUUAGCAAUAAAACUCAACAGAUGCUUGCGGAUCCUGCCGUGUCGAUUUGAACAAAAACCGCGGCUAAAAUAAGUUUUCAACACCUCACCAUUUUUCUCACUAAAUAAUUUUUCAAAGGUAUUACUGACAAGUAAUCCUAUGAACAUCUGGUUUAAAAAAAAAAAAAAAAUCAUCAGAAUUUUGUUGGAGUGACUAAAAUGGACAUUUAAAUUUUUGAACAUAGAUAACGCUUAGUGUUAAAACAGCGAUUUGCGGCACCAAAGUUACAAAAGCGCAUUGUUUUAAAAUUAUUAGGCAUGCUUAUCACGUCAUACUACCAUAAUUGCUCGUAUAUAACAAGCACCCAUGUAUAACAUGCACCCCCAAAGUUGACCUCAAAUUUGAGGAAAACCUUUCCACUUAUGUAUAUUGCAUUUUUACAAUGCAAUAUUUUGCUUCUGCCUGUAUGAUC